UUUUAGCAUAUUCAAUUUCCAUCUAGCUAGCUUGUAGCUGUUAGCUUAAUAUAUUUGUGGUGGUUAGCCGACGUACGGUGGUGGACUAGAUGGGAAGACAACCUUGUUGUGACAAGUUAGGGGUGAAGAAAGGGCCGUGGACCGUGGAGGAAGACAAGAAGCUCAUCAACUUUAUUCUUGUGAACGGUCAAUGUUGUUGGCGUGCGGUACCUAAGCUAGCUGGACUCCGUCGUUGUGGUAAGAGUUGUCGGCUACGAUGGACCAACUACCUCAGACCAGACUUGAAGCGUGGCCUCCUUAACGAGUCCGAGGAACAGCUUGUUAUCGAUCUCCAUGCUCGCCUUGGCAACCGAUGGUCAAAAAUAGCAGCAUCGAUGCCAGGACGAACAGACAAUGAGAUUAAGAAUCAUUGGAACACUCAUAUCAAGAAAAAGCUUUUGAAAAUGGGAAUAGAUCCGGCGACUCAUAAGCCUCUUCAAAAGGACACCGAUGCACCUAAUCCAUCAUCUCAAAAACAUUCGACACAAUCAAGCAAUGACAACCAUGGAAGUACCGAUAGUUCCAUUGGAAGCGUCGAGGAGAAUCUAAAUUGCUGUGCACCUUCCGAAAGCUCCCAAAAUAUUGAAGAAAAUGGAACAAAACCUUUGUUACAAAGCCUUCACGAGGAUGACAAUAAGUUGUUAAGCUACCUUUUAGGUGAAAGUGAACCUCCAGUUUUUGAUGUAUCAACAUGGGAGUUACCAAACAACGGUGUUAAUAGCUUUGCCUCAUGGGAUGAUUGUGGCACAUGGUUAUUAGAUUGCCAAGAUUUUGGUGUUCAUGAUUUUGGACCAGAUGCUAAUUUCGACGAUGUUGAGAUUAACAUCUUAAAUACAAACUAGUAAAAGAAAAUGUACGUGUCUUAAAAUGAGAAGAUGGAA